CCGAGACACCAGGAGAUAUGGCGGCGUUCAUGACUCUGAGUCAGUUAUCAAGUGGAAACCCAGUUUAUGAAAACUACUACAGACUGCUCGACCCAGGAAACACAGGCAAAAUAUCAGCUGGCGAUGCAGCUCAGUUUCUUAAGAAGUCUGGCCUGUCAGACAACACACUGGGAAAGAUUUGGGAUUUGGCAGAUUCAGAAAGAAAAGGCUAUUUGGACAAGCGGGGUUUCUUCAUAGCUUUGAGGCUGGUGGCAUCUGCACAGGGUGGAAAUGACAUAAGUCUUCACAAUCUCAACCAAAACUUAGCUGCACCCAAAUUUAAAGAUACAAGCAGCCCAUUACUAACUGUUUCAACAACAGCAUCUGAUUCACAGUGGGCCAUUAAGCCUGAUGAAAAGGGAAAGUUUGAGGGAAUUUUUGAGAGUCUGUUACCUGUGAAUGGCCUCCUCCCUGGUGAUAAAGUCAGGCCAGUUUUGAUAAACUCCAAGCUACCUCUGGAUGUGUUAGGAAAGAUUUGGGACCUAAGUGAUGUGGACAAAGAUGGACACUUGGACAAAGAAGAAUUCACCGUGGCUAUGCAUCUUGUGUAUCGCACCAUGGAGAAGGAGCCGCUCCCCACUAGUUUACCCGCUUCCCUUAUCCCCCCUUCUAAGAGGAAGAAGGCUGGGGUUGGACUUCCAGGUGCUGUUCCCGUGCUGCCUGCUCUGUCUGGCCUUGGAACUGGUCCAGCUCUUCUCAAAGAAACUUUACGCAGCACUUCUCCUCUGGUCAACACCACUCCCCUCAGCACUGCUGCUCUCUUUGGCUCCGGUGCUGCCAACCUUUCUCCAAAACAGUCCUUUAAGUCCAGUUCUCCGCCGGCGGUGAACUGGGUUGUACCAGUGGCUGACAGAGAGAAAUAUAAAGAAAUUUUCAAGAACACGGACACUGACAAUGACGGCCUCGUCAACGGCGGCGAUGUCAUCGAACUCUUCAUGAACUGUACGCUCUCCCAGACGAUGCUCGCACAGAUAUGGGGACUUGCUGACACAAAACAAACAGGCAAGCUGAACGAGGAGCAGUUUGCUCUAGCCAUGCAUUUGAUCCAACAAAAGGUCAAUAAAGGCAUCGACCCUCCCUCUACUCUCACUCCUGACAUGAUCCCUCCAUCAGAACGAUCUGCAUCAUCAGCUAUGGGCUUUGACGGUAUCGGCUACACAGGAUCGACAGAGCCGACAGGUAUCAAAGAGCUGGAUGACCUGAGUAAGGAAAUAUCUCAUCUGCAGAGAGACAAAUUCAUCCUGGAGCAUGAGAUCAGAGAAAAGGAGGAGGCCCUCAGACAAAAAAACAGUGAUGUGCAGGACUUGCAGAAUAAUUUGGAAAGGGAGAGCAGCAGCUUGCAAGACCUGGAGUCCCAGAAGCAGGAUGCCCAGGUACGCCUGGAGGAAAUGGACCAACAGCGCUCCAGGCUUGAGGGAAUGCUCAACGACAUCAAGCAGAAGUGCCAGGAUGAAACCCAGAAGGUUAGAGAUGUGACACACUGA